CUACACUCUUCAACCCGCUCACGGCUCAUCAUCAGUUCGCAGCAAUUUCAAUUGCCAACGGUCAUAUGGAAAAUUAAGUAGAAUAAAAAGGGGAUAAAUUUCCCAUGUUACGUCCCAGCCUUCCCCGCAGUGGACCACUAUGCGGGUACCUUUUUAUGUGUUGUUCCACAUCUCCCACGGCACCCACUGUUCCCCCAACUUUCUUCUCUAAUUACUUGACUAUCGGUCCGCCUCGGAUCGAGACACAAGCUCCCCAUCUCCACACUACUGACAAGCUCUAUGCAAGUUCUCGUCGAUUGGUGUCAUAAUGGAUACGGAAAACGGGACUGCUGCCGAACACAGCAGGAAGAGGUUGAGGGCUUCGCACGCGUGCGACGUGUGUCGAUCAAGGAAAAUAAGAUGCGAUGGGAACCACCCUUGCGCGACCUGCGUGGCGUCCGAGACUGAAUGCACCUAUGGAUCUGAAGCCAACUCGCGAGGGAAGAGCGACAUGAUUCUCGAGGGAGUCCUGCGAGUGGAGAAGUUUCUCCACGAGAUGAAAGCAAGCAUCGUCAGUAGUGGCGCAUCUUCCUUCACCGAUGGCCCACGACAGCCCCGGGCCCUUGUCUCCCCGGUUGUCAGUUCUUCAGCCGGAAGAGGGAGCUUCUCCUGUAGCCCCUUGGCCGAAUCACACUCCCACACUCAGCAACAGAACCCCCUGAGCGAGCCGCACAUCUCCAACAACUUCGAAAAUGCCGUACUGGACUCGAUGCACACGUCGACUACCGAGUCGAUCCUCCAGUGGCCACACUUCAAUGUCUUUCCCAGCCUCCGCCUCGACUACGUAUCCAUCUUCCAGCUGGAACAGUCGCGGCCCCCCUUCCAGACACGGAGCACCGCCAUGUACCCCUACGUGACAGCCGAAGACGUGGACAGCAUCCUGGACUCGUUCGAGCACGCCGUCAACUUCUGGUACCCCACCAUGUCCCGCGGUCAGCUGGAGCGGGCCCGAGCGGCGGUAACGACGGGGUCCUUCGAGGACGAUGGCGCGGGCGGGUGCCUGGCCCUGCUAACCAUGGCUCUAGGGUGCGCCAGCCAGGUGACGGCCGGGCUCGCCACGACGGGCGCGGUGCUGGGCGAGGAGGAGAGGAAGCGGCGCGCGGCGAGGCGGGCGAUGGGGAACAUGUACUUUGACGGCGUGAUGAAGAAGCUGCACACCGCCCACACCGAUGUCAGCGCGACGGCGACUCACUGUCUGUUCUUUGUUGCCAUGUAUUUCGCGUUCCUUCGUCGACCCCUUCAGGCGUGGGAGUACAUCAACGCGGCGGCGGCAAAGUGUCUCCUCUUGCUCUCUUACCCGCCGGUUGGCGAGAGCCUCGAAGACCAGGAGAGGAUCAGGCGGAUAUUCUGGUCCUGCUACAUCCUGGAAAGCGACUACCUCGCCGAGCUCUCGGGCCUCCCCCAAUCCGGCAUCGCGCGCAUCGAGUCCUCAGUCCCCCUCCCGGGCGCCUACCACACGCACGCCUCGCCGGCUGAGGAGGAACAGUCUUCGCUCUAUUUCCUCGCAUGCAUCUCGAUGCGGCGGCUGCUGAACCGCGUGCACCAGCUGCUGUACGCGCGGGGCACGGGCGCGUCGGUCGACGGCGCGCGCUUCCCCUUCGUCGUCGCCGAGCUCGAUCACCAGCUCGACGACUGGCGCGACGUCCUCCCGCCCGCCUUCGCCUUCGCCGUCCCGCAGCCCGCCGACACCGCUGCCGCCGUCCCGCAGCCCGCGACAGAGCACGGCGCCUUCCUCAGGCAGAGGUACCUCACCUGCCGGAGCGUCAUCUACAGGCCCUACCUGAUGUGGAUGCUUAGUGGCGCCGGCGGGGCAGGGUACGGGGGUGGGCUCGGCGGGGGCGGGACCGUCAGCGAGGAGGUGCUGGCCAACUGUAGGGCCUGCCUGGACGCGUGCCUGCUGCACAUACUCAACCUGAGGGGUUUCGCCCAGACGGUGCUGGUCGAUACGUGGAUCUGCUCGCUGUCUAUGGCGGGCGCGAUGCUCGUGCUCCUCGCGGCUUGCCGGAUGCCCGCCCUGAGGGGCUUGAUAGGUCCCGAGGUGCUGGCUGCCGGCAACCACCUCCGACAGUUGCUCCACGGCUGGCAGCAGGUGUCUGGCGAUCCGAGCUCGCCCAGCGUCGACCAGAGCGUGCGCAUCAUAGGCGAGGCUGAUCGGUUCAUCCGGCAGGUCUAC